AUGUUGAAACACGUGAAAAUUGCGUCUGGGUGUCCACGCGCUAAUGGUCAGGUAGAGCGAACAAAUCGAGGACUCACGACUUGUCUCGCUAGUGUCACGGAGGAUGACGAAAAUCGCGACUGGGACGACAAAUUAUGGGACGUGCAAUGGGCGAUUAAUAAUGGCGAGCACAAAGUAACCAAGCGAACUUCCUACGAAGUGGUUUUUAAAAAUCGAACACCGGGUCUUCUCGAUAAUCCACUAACGCGUGAAGUAAUUACAUUAAAUCGCGAAAAAGCAGUCGAGGAACCGAAGGACGUCGUGGAAUUACUGGCAGCAAACGCCGUAACAAUGAAAGAACGGUUUGAUAAAAAGCGCAAGGCACCGCGAGAAUACGAAGUCAGGGACUUACUUUCGAUGGAGGAUAUCGAAGGCGAAAAACAAAGUAACAAGCGUUAUAAAGGCGUAAUUUCAGUGGAUCGUCUUGAAUCAGUUCCGAAACAAGCAUCGUAA